UCUUUUUCCCUUUUUGAGAUUGGUAUAUAAACCACCCUUUCUUGAUACAUUCCUGACCUAGAUCGUAGCAGCAGACAGAGGGGCGGACAGCAGAAAUUUUCUGACAGUACGAUCCUGUGGUGUUAUAGACUUCCAUUUCUUGCUCUGAAUAGGUGGUGAGGGAGAGAGAGAGAAUGGCAGAUCACAGUGAGAAUUCGAAUCCCAAAAUGGCGCCUCCGGUGGACCGUCCCGACCGAGUAUACGGCAUCUACGAUGUCUUCAACUUUGGCGACGUUGCUUCUCUCAAGCAAGCCAAAAAUUCAUACUCAAGUGUUGUAGAAAAAAUGGGCGUGGCCAAGUUACAUGACUUGGAUGAUAAGAAAGAAGAAGUUGUGCUUCCUGGGUUUAGGUUCCAUCCCACAGAUGAAGAACUUGUGAGUUUUUAUCUGAGAAGAAAAUUGGAGAAGAAGUCUCAUGUUUUUGAACUCAUCAAAGAGAGUAUUGACCUCUACAAAUACGAUCCAUGGAACUAUCUAAGCUCCAAUUUUCAAGAAAACUUGAUCUCUCUUAAAAGCUCAGAUAAUGAGGUCCUUAAGAUGAAUAAGAGGGCUGCCACCAGUCAAUCUAAGGUUCUUAGAGACGUGGUUGAUUCUACCGGUGGUCGAGAUGAGAUUCCGGUGCCCGGAGUAACCAGCCUCAUUCUCUCGAAGAUCACCUCUUUCUGCAAGAAGAAACACAAGUUCGACACUCAAUUGAAUAUCAUUACAGAGCUCUUGAAGUGCACCAUGGAUUCCUACAAAGCCUGUAUCUCAAGCUUUGUGAAAGAUAAUCAAAGCAUUUUCUCCCAGUUACAUGAUGCUGCGAGCUUUCUCAACAUUCCAAACCUGAUGGAGUUAACGUCACGUACCAUGCGAGAUAUGAAGAAGGGAAGCACGACUGAAGAGAUAUCAGAUCGGUAUUCCACGUUAUCCAUAGCGCGAAUCCUCUCACCUCUUGGGUUGAGUUUGAGAUAUAGUUCAUAAAUGAGUACCGAAUCCAGUUAAAAAUUGAACAUCCAGGUUCAAUUCCCUCCCUAAAAUCCAAAACAUUUUGGUUGUUGCUAUUGUUUCUCAGGUUAUCAUCUUUUGGUGAUGAAUAAAAUUGGCUUGGAUAAAAAACUGUUGCAGGUUGUGUGUACUAUUUUCAAUCCUUUGGAAUAUUUGUGAUUCUAGCUUAUUACAAUUUAUGCCGAGAUUAGAUCAUUUCAUA